UAACAAUGGCGGAUCAAGUAAGAGUUACACAGCCCAAGGAGUACUACACAAAAUUCUUGGAAAAGGAUGUUCGACCAGAUGAUAGAGAGCUUGGUGAAUUUCGACAAACCAUAUUAAAUAUUGGGUGUGUGUCAACAACAGAAGGGUCCUCUCUAGUAAAGCUUGGUAACACAACUGUCAUCUGUGGUGUGAAAGCAGAAAUCACACAGCCUGGUGCAGAUGGAAAAAAAGGAUUUAUAGUUCCAAAUGUGGAGUUGUCUCCCAUGUGUUCACCAACCUUUAGAGCUGGUCCCCCUGGGGAACAAGCCCAGGUGCUCAGCAAAAAUAUGGCAGACCUGAUCACAGAUUCACAGUGUGUGCUGUUGGAAAAUCUCUGUAUAUGUCCAGGAAAGCUUGUCUGGGUCCUGUAUAUAGAUAUGGUUUGUUUAGAUUAUGAUGGGAACCUAAUGGAUGCAUGUACAUUAGCUCUGAUGGCAGCUUUAAAAAAUACCUCUCUACCCCUAGUGACUGUUGAUGAAGAUUCAGGGGAAAUAAAAACUGAUCCCACCUCACACACAUCUUUAUCCAUGUCAUGCUGUCCUGUAUCUACCAGUUUCAUCAUAUUUGACAAUUCGAUCCUGUUAGUAGAUCCAACAAGUGAGGAGGAGUCCUUAUCAACAGGGGCGUUAACUAUCAUAACAGAGGGACACAACCUGUGCAGCAUUUACAAACCAGGUGGAACCCCACUAUCUGAUGAGCAGCUGAACACCUGCAUAGAACGAGCUUUCACCAGGGGCAAGGAAGCAACCAAACUUUUAGAGGCCACAUUCAGUUCAGUGAAGAGAUAGUACUUUGUUGUUU